AUGUCGAGUAAGCCGCUGCUGCAGGCGGGGGGCCACGGGACGCCCAUCGCGCAGUGCCGGCAGGCGCGCAUCACCACGACGCGCGCCAUCCCCAUGCAGGUGGACGGGGAGGCGUGCCGCCUGGCGCCGUCCGUCAUCGACCUCAGCCUGCUCAACCGCGCGCCCGUGCUCGCCAAGCGCCGCCGCAGCCCCGGCCGCCCGCCGCAGAGGGCGGAGGACGCGGCGGUGGAGGAGCUGCGCCUCAACGUGCUGCGCAUAUCCAUGGCGGACUACGAGCGCCACCACUACGACAAGGAGCGGCUGCGCGAGGCCGCGGCGCCGCUGGGCGAGCUGUCGGUGGCGCCGGCCGCCGACCUGGAGACGCUGCGCCGCGAGGUGGCGCGCCUGGCGCAGGAGGACGGCCGCCUCGCGCCCGACUGGUGCUUCCUCGACUGCUGCACGGCGGAGCGCUUCUUCCGCGUGGACCGCGCGCAAGAGCACCUGCACUACGUGACGGACGUGGCGGCCGACCAGCUGUUCGUGCUGGACGCGGCGGAGGCGGCAAGGCCAGGCAGCUCCGCGGGCACCCCGGGAGCGGCGGCUCUUCGCGAGGAGGACCCGGCGGCGGCGGCGGCGCGGCGAGGCGGCGGGCGACGCGCGCCGCUCCACGCCCGACUCCCCGCCGCGCCCGCAGACGCGCUGGAAGGCGACGAGAACCACGCGCCCGAGGACGGCGAGGACGCGCCCGACCGGCGGCCCGACGCCGCGGACCCGUCCUCGCCGCCCCCGCUGCCCGCCAGGGAGCCCGUCAGCCACCUGCUGGAGAAGACCACCGACGGCGUGCUGCGCGCCGCCAAGCUGGGCGACCUCAAAGCGGUGAGCGCGCCCGGCGGGCUGCCUACCCUGCUCCGCGACAGGCGCAUGCGAUCUCGGCUGAAGGAGCUGCACGCCGCGGGCUUCUCGCUGCUGUCCAUCGACGCGCAGGGGCAGACGGCGCUGCACUACGGCGCCCGCUACGGCCACAAGCAGAUCGUGCGCUACCUCAUCGCCACGGGCCCCACCGCGCUGCUCGACAUGGCCGACACGCUCACGGGGCAGACGGCGCUGCACCAGGCGGCGGCGCUCAAGCGGCGCUCCAUCUGCGUGAUGCUGGUGGCGGGCGGCGCGUCGCCGGCGCUGGAGGACCGCCAGGGGCUCACGCCGCGCCUCCUCGCGCAGCAGGCCGACGACGCGGAGCUCGCGGCCUACCUGCACAGUCAGGAGCACUUCCGGCGCGUGGCGGACGACAUGGAGACGGCGGUGUAACGCCGCGGAGGCCGUCGCCGCCGUUCCCGCCCCCGCCUCCGCCCCCGCCUCCGACCCGCCAUCGCUCACCCUUCUCUCUCUGCCGAUCCCACUCCCCCCGUACCCGCACGCUCGGCCACCCGCCGCCCGCUCCCCCGCUCCUUCCCGCCCCGCUCCGCUCCGUCCGCGUCCGCGACGUACGCGGCUCACAGGCUGCUGAGCGAGCGGGCGCGAGCCGGCGGUAGCGGCCA